AGGGAAGUGCAUUGUUUGGGGAGAAGAGGAAAUGUUUGUAGAGGUAGAUGGAGGAGUUUAUGAGCUGAGCAGCCUUCAGUGGAGCGAGGAAGAAUCAUUUAGCUCCUUUUUAAUGGUUGAACCUCGUCCAUCUGAAGUGAACAAGGAAAUCAGUGGAUUUGAGGACUGUAAUUAUUGAGCACAGGAAAUCAAGCCAAAGCUGGAUUACCAAUUCCCUAAACUACAUCUGUUAUUGAAAGUAUUUGGCACCUGAUUCAACAUCAUCCUGAUUCAGAGUGUGUAACACAUGCAAUGCUAAUGUCAGUCUGAACGUGGCCUGAAGGUGUCCGUAUGCUGAAACUGAAGUGUAUUGGCUGGUCAAACUGCAUCGGAAACCCCAGAUGUGUGGAGGCUACUCGUCACUGCAGAACACCAGUGAGGUUGGAGUUUGUACCCUGUCAUCUGGCCUCCUGCUGAUGCUGAGGCCUGCUGCUGAUGCUGAGCAGGUCUGGGAGGGAUCUUUUGGACCGAGACACUUUCUCCAAAUCCGACCCGUUGGUGGUGUUGUACACGCAGGGCGUCGAGUCCAAACAGUGGAGAGAGUUUGGGAGAACAGAGGUGAUAGACAACACGCUAAACCCAGACUUUGUCAGGAAGUACAUCCUGGACUACUUCUUUGAGGAGAAGCAGAACCUUCGCUUUGACGUGUAUGAUAUUGAUUCUAAAAGUCCAGAUCUGGGAAAGCACCCAACCGACUUUAACGACUUCCUGGGACAGGUGCACUGUACGUUGGGAGAGAUCGUGGGCUCGCCUGCCAGUCGCCUGGAGAAACCUCUCGGCGGUAUACCGGGGAAGAAAUGUGGGACCAUCAUCCUGUCUGCUGAGGAGCUGGGAAACUGCAGAGAUUACGCGACCAUGCAAUUCUGUGCCAACAAGCUAGAUAAAAAGGACUUCUUUGGAAAGUCAGACCCCUUCAUGGUCUUCUACAGAAGCAAUGAGGACGGCACGUUCACCAUCUGCCACAAGACAGAAGUGGUGAAGAACACGCUGAACCCUGUGUGGCAGCCCUUCUCCAUCCCCGUCAGAGCGCUCUGCAACGGAGACUAUGAGAGGACAAUUAAAUCGGAGGUGUAUGACUGGGACAGAGACGGGAGUCACGAUUUCAUCGGUGAAUUCACCACCAGCUAUAAAGAGCUAUGUCGAGGUCAGAACCAGUUAAAUGUCUACGAGGUGGUGAAUGCCAAGAAGAAAGUAAAGAAGAAGAGAUACAACCACUCCGGGACGGUGUCCUUGUUGUCAUUCAAUGUGGAGUCGGAGAGCACCUUCCUGGAUUACAUCAAAGGAGGGACUCAGAUACACUUCACAGUGGCCAUUGAUUUCACUGCAUCAAACGGAAAUCCGUCCCAGUCCACUUCACUGCACUACAUGAACCCGUACCAGAUGAAUGCCUACGCCAUGGCCCUGAAGGCCGUGGGGGAGAUCAUCCAGGACUAUGACAGUGAUAAGAUGUUCCCUGCCCUGGGAUUCGGUGCUAAGCUGCCCCCUGAUGGGAGGGUCUCCCAUGAGUUCCCUCUGAACGGCAACAUUGAGAACCCGUACUGCAACGGCAUGGAGGGGAUUCUCGAAGCUUACCAUCAAAGCCUUAAGACGGUUCAGCUGUAUGGACCCACCAACUUUGCUCCUGUCGUUAAUCAUGUGGCAAGGUAUGCAGCAGCAGUGCAGGAUGGAUCUCAGUAUUUUGUUCUGCUCAUCAUCACUGAUGGCGUCAUAUCAGACAUGGCUCAGACCAAGGAGGCCAUAGUGAAUGCAGCUAAACUCCCCAUGUCUAUCAUCAUUGUUGGAGUCGGCCAAGCUGAGUUCGAUGCCAUGGUUGAGCUGGAUGGUGAUGACAUCAGGAUUUCCUCGAGGGGGAAGUUGGCAGAGAGAGACAUUGUACAGUUUGUCCCAUUCAGAGACUACAUGGACCGCACAGGCAACCACGUGCUGAGCAUGGCGCGGCUGGCUAAAGACGUACUGGCCGAGAUCCCCGACCAGCUGAUCUCGUCCAUGAAGACCAGAGGCAUUAAACCUAACCCCGUCCCACCCAUUUACUCGUCAGGCGACCAACUCCAGAGCAACCCCGUCUGAGCCCCGCACACAGCUCCGUGUUGAGGUAGGGCAGGGUCGUGGUUGACGGGAACCGGCCUUCACUACCGCUCACUGGGAAAAUGCGCUUUCAAGGCCCUUUCGCAAAUAUUAAUUCGGCUAAACAAAAAACAUAAUGAGACUCCAUUUAGUUUUGGAGAAAUACGACUGCUUUGGGUGAACCUGCUGAUGAUGAUCAGGGAGGUUUUUUCUCUCUCUGAGGAUGAGAGCGCUGAGAAGAGCCCGGUCUAGAUGGAGGUUUUUAGUUGUUCGCUGUCAAACCUGUCAAAGUGGUGAUGUAAUGGAUAGCAAGUUAACCCGUAGAGAGAGCCUGUUUGAAGGCGUAAAUAUAUUAGAAUGUGCCAGUAUGUAUCAUGUUUGUGAUACCUUUUGGAAUCGGUGUGUGUUGAAAUAGAAAAUCAUAUGUAUACUAAUUUAUUUAUUUAUUUAUUGCAGAUAUAAUUUAUUCCUUUGAGGAGGUUUUAAAGGGUGGGAAUUAGAGUCAUAUUUUCCCUGUAGUUUUCCAUCUUAUAUUUUGUGACCAGUGUAAUAAAAAGAUCCCCAUUUCUACUUUGAUAAGGACUGUAAUAUAAACGCAUGUGAUAUAGAACCUAUUCUGCAGUUUAUGAAUCAUUUUCACUGAUGGAUAACUUUUGAUUGCAAGCAGUUAUGUAGAGGACCUGCUGUGAGCUGUUGCCAUACUGAUUUUCCAGCACCAUGUCUUAUACCUAUUUCUAAUAUUUAUAUUAACAGAAUGCACUAAUUACUGUCCAAAUAAAAAGCACAAAGGUUAUAAUGUUAA